AUGUCUGUGUCCACAGAUGAGUUCGUGGUCACUGGCCCCUGGGACCCUGUUGUGGCAGUGCUGGGUGGAGAUGCCACUCUGUCCUGCUCCCUGUCCCCACCCAUGAACGCAGUGACUAUGGAACAGCGGUGGUUCCGCACCGAGUUCUCGGAAGUGGUGCUCAGCUUUCGAGACCAACAGGAGCAGAAGGAGGAGCAGAUGGCCCAGUACGCAGGGCGGACCUCGCUGGUGAGGGACUUCUUUGCCCAGGGGGAGGCUGCCGUGCGCAUCCACAAUGUCCAGGUUUCUGACGACGGGCUGUACACCUGCGUCUUCAGGAACGGAGGAUUCUACGAGGAGGCCAACUUGGAACUGAAGGUGGCAGAACGUUCCGCAAAGUUGCAGGAGCAGCAGGAACGGAAGAGGGUGCAGUCGGAAAAGGAGGAGGCCCAGCAGGCAAAGGAGGAGGCGCUGAAGGCCAGCGGUGAACUCCGGGCCGCCCUCAGGGAGAGGAAAGCAGCUUACCUGGCUGCCUGGAGGAAGGCCCAGCUGUACGGGGACUGGCGGAAAGAGCAGUUCCAGGCCUGGGCUGUCACUCUGGAUCCAUGUUCUGCCCAUCGUAACCUUGCUGUCUCUCAUGAAAGGACAAGUGUGACCUGGAAGGACCCCUGUGAGGGCUCAGGUGGUGUCCCCAGCGUGCUGGGCCUCGAGGGCAUUAAGUCCGGGCGCUGUUACUGGGAGGUGGAGAUCAGGAAUGCAGACAGCACUGAGUGGGCUCUGGGGGUCUGCAGGGAAGAUGCGAAAAGGAGAAGCUCGUGCAGAAAGACUCCAGAGAGAGGGUUCUGGGUGGUGGGGAGGUCUGUAUAUGGAUAUUAUGCUCGCACUAGACAAAUAUCUCGACUAUCCCUUAGGCAGCCUCCCCACAGAGUGGGGGUUUUCCUGGACUACAGUGAGGGGGACGUCUCCUUCUACAACAUGACUGAUGGGUCCCACAUCUUCUCUUUCCCUCCGGCUUCCUUCUCUGGGACUCUUUUUCCUUACUUCAGGCUUAGGCUAGGAGAUGUGUCCAUGACCAUAUGCACCACAGUGGAUGGGCCUGAGGCCCUGUGCCCCUUAACAAUUCUUUAGAGCCUACAAAACCCUCAGGGGAGCUCGCACCCUUGCUCAGCACAGACUCAGGCCGAAUUGCCAUCACUCCCCUGAAACUUUAAGGCAGGGAUGCCCACAGGGCCCCACCCCUGUCCCUGAGCCCUCCCUGCUGCUCCUCCUGAGGUCGCAGACGCCUGUGGGAAGAGCCUCUGAGGUGAGUCCUGAUGACCCAGCAGCCCUGACCCCCUCUCUGGAUGCAGCCCCCUGGGGUGUGGGUGUGAGGACGUCCGGUCAUGCCUGUGCUCAGGAAGCAGAAGGUAGAAGCUGACCGUGGGCCAGUCCCAGUGGGCUGUGCUGCCAGGAUGCUGUGCUCUGAGG